GAACUGGAAAGAUUAAGUAUGUUCCUACACUCUUCGGAGACAUUUAAAUAUUUUGGAGAUUAGAUAAAACAUCGGUAUUCAUCAAGGUAUUAUCAGUAUCAUCCAGAACGUCGUAAAGUGGUAUUUGUUGCAACAAAAAAUGACUACCGAAGAAGAGGUAACUGAAAUAGCCUCAAAUUUUAUGGUAGGCUUUUUCAUUGGACUAGCUGUUCUUGUUGGACUACUUAUAUUCUUUUUGAUAUCUAUAAUAGUACUAUGCGUAAAAGUGAGAAAUUUGCGUAAGGUUGUUGAUUCGCACGCUUCUUUGUUACAUUUUAGACCACAUGAGGGAACACAGCAUCACGAAGACGAGUUAGCUAAGAGAUAUGCAUUGCCGAUCCAACUACCUCGAGCGCAACAUUCAGAAUUGAGGAACAAUCAAUAUCCUUCAAAUCCAAAUUUCCCUCCAAAUCAGUCAGAUAAUUUAAAAGGAGAAAUGGGAUUGGAGUAUGGUAAACAUGGACCAUCAAUGGUAAUGAUGCAUUACCCUAAACCGAAACGAACGAACGGACAUUAUCACUAGUCAAUCAAGUAGUUAUUAUGUUGUUCACCAGACCAUCACAAUAGAAAUUAAACUAUACCUAGGUAAAUUUACUAGGUGGUAUAUUUCUAUUGUAAUCUCGUACUUAAAUUUAAAUUUCAGUUUUGAUUUUUUGAGUGAAAAGCUUUAAUAUAGUAGGCAGAUAGUUAGAUAAGACGGA